CAACAUGCAACAGAUAGAAAGAUAUAACUGUGCUUCUUUUUUUUUCGCAAGGAUUAUGUCUCGAUCUAUUUUAAUCAUUUUUAUGAUGGAUAAAUAUUCAUGUCACAAAAAGUGAUGAUUUUUUUUUCGUAGCCUAACUGCGAAAUAUAAAUUCCUCCUGACCUUUGGAAAGAUGAGAACAAUAAAAGAAAUAUGUUUCAGUAGUUAGACCUUAUGAACUCAACAAGGAAAGUGGAUUUCAUUCAGCUGCUUCUGUAAAGGAAGAUUGGUUCAAAAUGGCUCGACUGCGGCAUCUAGUGGUUGGUGUAACAACAUUGCUCAUGUGCAUCUUCAUCUUCAUCAGCAUGCAGCAUCCUAACACAAUUCCUGUCUGGGUUGAUUCACAGAGUGAUCAGAACUCGGAGCAGGUGCACACGUCAAAAUAUAUUCCUGCCAAAUAUCGGGACAGUUACCUUUCAAAAAAGACGAGAAAUGGCAACAUACCACACACUAAUGAAGGUAUUCAGCUGGCUGCAGCUAGAGAACUUAGUAAAUUUGUAGAUCAUGACCUCCCUUUGGGAAGCAAUGAUCUUAUGGAUAAGGGUCACAGAAGUGCUCACUCGAAUGGAGAACAAGAAAUCCAGAGUAACCCUAUCCAUCAAGUAUCUCAACAAGCAGAUGAGAAAAGUAAAUUCUCCAAUAGUGACAAUAUAAAAAGCAAAAUAACCAAGCAGGAAAGGGUUUGUUUGAUCGCCAAGGAAUCAGUUUAUGAACAGACAUCUUGCACUAGGGAAGAAAUAAAGCUUAGACAGUUGCCAGAGGCAACAACUGUAAUUGAACUUGAAGACUUGCCAAACAACACCCACUUUUAUCCAGAGAUUGGCAAUGGCCAUGUUGCUACAGUCAUUUACAGUGACACUAUUUACAUGAAUGGUCUGUACAAUGGCCCAGAUAUCUUCAGUGCUCGUGCCCGCAUUCCGUCAACAGCAGCAGUCAUGAUCAACAUCUCAACACCUACCUCAGGUUACAAGAGAAAGUAUCGUAUGGACUUUGGUAGAGGUGUGUUUUCUGAAAUCUACACAGCUUCUGACUUUAAUGUAGAAGUGAGACGUUAUGCCCACCGCCGAUUGCCAGGCCUUCUAGUCACUGAUCUUACAGUAAAUCGAACUCUUCCUGCACGGUCACUAGUAAUUGAUUUUAAUGUUAACAGUGGACCACCAAGUGAGGAUAUUGACUUUCAUGAAGAGGGACAAGGAUUGAUGAGUGGAUUUACUAAGAUUGCAGAAUACCCAGACCUAGCCCCAGUCACACCAGUGUCAGUUAUGUACAGCACAGUUCUACCCAACAUGACAUUUGAUGACUUCCUCUGGGCCUAUUUACCUUACUUCACCUGUGUCAGCACAGUACGCUCAGAAGCUAUUGAGUGCUUUAACGAAGCAAUGAAUAUGCUUGUCAAUGGUACACUGUUUACCUCACAUGUGGAAGCUUGGGAAUCAUUGUGGAAUGAAGGUCGCAUUGACCUAACAGGCAAUGACAGCAUUGCCUUAACCACUUAUGCAGGUCUUUAUUACCUGCUAAGCUCUCUUCCCCUGGAAAACAGCCAGAGCUGGCCUUUUAUUGGAUUGUCACCAGAAGGUCUAGCCCAUGGAGGAAAAAGUGAGGAAUAUUGGGGCCAUGUGUUUUGGGACCAGGACACAUGGAUGUUUCCGUCCAUUAUGCUACUGCACUCUGACCUUGGCAGGAUUAUUGUCGGCACUCGUCUUCGCACUCAUGAUAUAGCUGUGCGGUAUGCGAAUUUAACUGGAUUCAAGGGAGCUAGAUUCCCUUGGGAGUCAGCUUUUACAGGAUUCGACGUAACCAGAUCACCUGAAUGUCGAGUCUUUGAAGUACAUUUGACUAGUGACACAUCAUGGAUGAUGCGACGAUACCUUCAGCUUACAAAUGAUACAGAUUUCUUGGUAAAAGAUGAUGGGUAUAAAGCCAUUGCUGAUAUAGCCAACUUUUGGCUUUCUCGAGCAGUCCUCAACCCAGAGACUAGUCAGUAUGAAAUAAGAGAUGUGAUGGGACCAGAUGAGUGGCAUUCACCAGUCAACAAUUCAGUCUUCACAAACGCUGCAGCUGUCCAGAGCAUGAUGACAGCCCUGUAUGCAGCCAGUCUUGCCAAUCAAUCAGCUUCUCCAGAGUGGAUCAAUGUGGUCAACACCAUGUACAUUCCUUUUGAUGAAGAGCUGUUGUACCAUCCAGAAUAUGAUAACUAUGUUAGGGGUACUACAGUUAAACAAGGUGAUGUCAUCCUUCUAGGAUAUCCUCUUCAGUGGCUGAUGAGUGACCAGGUUCGGGUCAAUGACCUAGAUUAUUAUGCUAAUGUAACACCAAGUGGACCUGCAAUGACAUGGAGCAUGUUCACUAUCAACUACUUGCAAGUUGGCCAGAGCAGUGAAGCUGACACAACCUUUCUCAAGAGCAUGUACAAUGUGCAGGAACCAUUUAAGGUGUGGUCAGAAAAUGCUGAUGGAACAGGCUCAGUAAAUUUCCACACAGGAAUUGGGGGAUACCUCCAGUCGCUGCUGUUUGGCUAUGUUGGAUUUGAACUCACAAAUAACCACAUCAUCAUGAACCCACUGCUUCCUCCCUCCGUUACAAAAGUAAGCGUGACUGGUUUUGACUAUGUUGGCAACUCUCUGGAUGUGAUCUUUGAUGCUGCAAAUAUGAACAUCACCCUCACAAAAGAAGGUGAUCCCCUUAGUAUUUCUGUGAAGGAAAAAGUUCAAGAACUCAGAGUUGGAGUGACCUUAACCUUCUUUCGCCAGCAAGCUAGGAUUUUCCCCACGUAAGUUACAUUUGGUGCAUAACACCACCAGAGUUUCCAAAAUGAUGAAUGUUUUCGCAAUAAACUCUUCAUACUGUGCUAUUUAAGAAUCAGUCAGAGAUAUAAAAUCAAUCUGCAAAAACAGUUUCGUAAGUGCCAAAAUUGUGUUCUCCAAUAAAAGUAACUACCCAUUUCACUGCUUCAAACAUUAGUUCAUUUAUUAGGCUACCAUUAUUUGUUAGAGGGUAGGACCUUAAAUACUAAUAUUAAUGGAUGCUAAUAAAUGUAUACAGUGUAGCUGAUUUUUGUGUAUUAACAGUAAUUGUAUCAUGAUAAUCUGUUCUUCAUUAUAUGUUUGUACCACUGUGCAUGGAAUGGUAUUCUCUGUUCAUAUUUUAUAAACCAGUGUUUGUCAC